AUGUCUCUCGACACACUCGGGCUGUUUAAUGUCAAAGGCCGCGUUGCGCUGGUCACCGGCGGAAGCAGUGGGAUAGGGCUUAUGAUCUCCAGGGGCCUGGUAUCAAACGGAGCAAAGGUUUAUCUCGUCGCUCUACCCAGCGACCCCAUAGCAGAAACCGUCCGUGAUCUGAACGAGUUAGGCCGCGACGGUGGAAGCGCAGAAGGAAUUGCCUGCGACAUCUCUUCCAAAGACGCAAUCCAGCACCUCGCCGCCACAAUAUCCGCCAAAGAACCAGCCCUGGACAUGCUCAUCUCCAACGCCGGAAUCCGGCGCGACCCCUCUCUCCCCUGCAACGUCCUCACUGCCCCAUUAGCCGAGCUCCAGGCUUCAAUGUGGUCCAUCGAUAGCAGGGACUGGGAGGAUACCUUCCGGGUGAAUACAACCGCGCACUAUUUCCUCAGCGUGGCUUUUCUCCCGCUCCUCGCUGCGGCGGCGGACCGUGUUCUGGACGGUACUGAAGGCAGGAAAGGUCGGGAUGAAGGGCGCGGGGUCGUUGUGGUGACGAGCUCUUGCGCGAGUAUGCAUAAUGCGACGAAUGUCGAUUUGACGAGCUAUGCGGCCAGCAAGGCUGCUACGGAUCAUCUGGUGAGGUUGUUGGCGGCCAAGUAUAACCGGUUCUAUGUGCGUGUUGUGGGGAUCAAUCCCGGCUUCGUUCCUAGCAAUAUGAAUCCUGUCGGUGCGGAGGGGAAUAUCUUCAGCUCGCUGUUCGACAAGGUCCCGGCCAGACGGGCAGGCAAUGCAGAGGAUAUUGCCGGGACGGUUUUGUAUCUCGUUAGCAAGGCUGGGGCAUACGUCGAUGGAAUCUCGCUUUGCAUCGAUGGCGGCCGCAUCUUGCUGGCGAAUGGACAGGAAUGA